GCUAACGUUUCAAACUGAAUCUCUACACUCAUCGUUGGCCUUCUUGCCCUCUACAUCUAAGUCUUUAUCUUGUCUGUACCAUGCCUCCGCAGCCGGGAGUAUUUGCCAUACCACACCAUCCUGUAACAGGCCCUAGUAGAAUACAUGGUACCCCUGUUGAAGACCCGAAGAGGAAGAGGAAGGAAGUUGUGGGAAGGCUUGGCAAGGAACUGAGUGAACAUGAAUUCCAUUUCUCUUCUGGCCGACAAUACGCCGAAACCAUCGCAGAGCUCAAUACACUUGCUUAUCACAUAUCGACACGACCAGACGUUGUCCCUGCGUACCAACUACGUCUAUACCCUAAAUCUCUGGAGCGUUCAGCAUUGCUCACAUCCUUGGUAUUUCAAGAGAAGUUCUCUCUCGACUGUAUACAAACGGCGUACGAAGAGGAACGCGAGAAAGUUGAGGAAGAGUGGCGGAAGGGCCGAGAGCGUAUACGAGAAAGGUUAUUGGAAGGUAUUGAGGAACGGAAGCAGCGUGCAAGGGAAGAAAAGGACGGGGAGGGAACAGUUGGUGACGGUGCUUUAGACUCCCAAUCUCGACCACACAUCACACGCAAGUUGCGAAACAAGCUUGGCGGCACAUCUCCGCCUCCUACACCUCUAUCCAAUGCCACUCCGGGUACGAAUGGUGGCAUAUCGUCCAUAUCCAACGGACCUAUCACCUCUGGACCUUUCCUCAACCCACAUUCACUCUCAGUUGAUGAACUACCUUCACCAUUCCCUCUUCCUUUGACUUCUACGCGUGCGAGUACUUCUACUAGCGGAAAUACCGGUAACAACCGACGAAGAGCGAAGGGGGGCGGGAGGGACAACCAAGCAAUUGGAGUUCUUGGCAAGAGCGUGUACUUGCUGGUUCCGUGCAAGGAGCAAGAAAUUGAGUCGGACUUGGUAGAAAUCCGCAGAGGGAAUAAACGGCGAAGAGCGGCUGCUACAGCGGCAUUGAAUACCAAGGGCUAGCGACGCUUCGUUUUACUUUAUCUGCUCUGUCAGUUAUGUAUCUCCUGGUGUAUUCUUACCACUGUAUGGUGUAUUAUAUUAUUGUUUUCGUCGUCUACCUUGAAUUUCUAUCGGGCCCAUUGGAUGCCCUAGCUUGCAUGGCUAGUGUCUUUGAGGCUUGGGAUGGCAAUGAGGUCAAACAAAAAGAGCGUCACCUGUGCGAUUCGAACACACGCGGGCAUAGCCCAACCGCUCGCAGCUAAAUAUAGCAGGCGAUCCCGU